UGUAUAUAUAUAAAUAUGGGUUUCUGGUCAACUGGUGCGGUUGAUCUACGGAAAGAUCUUUGUUGGAAAGGCUUUCGGAUUAGGGGAAAGGGACGAUUAAAUCUUGUAUUGAUGGUUGAAUUUGGACGCAUUCUGUUGUUCUUCUUCCUGUCGAUCGCCUUGAUCGCGAGGAACGUAUCGUGCAGCUCGAUUGUUAAUCCUUCGAAAGUCAAAACCAUUUCAUGGCAACCGAGAGCAUUUGUGUACGAAGGUUUUCUAACGGAUGAAGAGUGCAAUCAUUUAGUUUCUCUGGCGAAGUCAGAGCUGAAGAGAUCAGCUGUGGCGGACAGCGAGACUGGGAAGAGUACGCUAAGUGAGGUUCGGACUAGCUCUGGAAUGUUUAUUACGAAAGGAAAGGAUCCUAUUGUUGAUGGCAUAGAAGAAAAGAUUGCAACCUGGACCUUUUUACCAAAAGAGAAUGGAGAAGACAUUCAAGUAUUACGCUAUGAGCCUGGACAGAAAUAUGACCCUCAUUAUGACUAUUUUACUGACAAGGUCAAUAUAGCUCGUGGUGGGCACCGGAUAGCCACUGUGCUAAUGUAUCUUACAGAUGUAGAAAAAGGGGGUGAAACAGUGUUUCCUGCUGCCGGGGAGUCUUCUCGCCGAAGGUCUGUUGCAACCGAUUCAGAAUUCUCUGACUGUGGAAGGCAAGGCCCUGCAGUGAAGCCACGGAAAGGGGAUGCGCUACUUUUCUUCAGUCUUCAUCCAGAUGCAGUUCCCGAUCCCAAGAGUCUCCACGCCGGCUGCCCUGUGGACGCAGGCGAGAAAUGGUCUGCAACAAAGUGGAUUCAUGUGGAUUCCUUCGACAAAAUUCUUGGACCUGGCGGUAAUUGCACAGAUGCAGAUGAAAACUGCGAAAGAUGGGCUUCACUUGGGGAAUGCACGAGAAAUCCAGAGUACAUGGUCGGUUCUUCAGAUCUUCUUGGAUACUGCCGCAAGAGUUGCAAGGCAUGUUAAACUUCUCCCUCUCAAAUAUUAUAUACUUGCAAAUGAUUCAAUCUCAGGUUCUCAUUUGGUUUUAAAAUUUUCCUCGAUUUUAUACCAUGAUUUUCUUGUUGUGUUGUAAUAUUCCUUACUAGAUGAUAUUAAAUCAGCACUCCUGAUUACUUUUCACUAAGCUGAGAAACUUUGCUGGGAUAAUAUUUUGUGAACCAUUCGAGUUUGAUCUAUGUUAGAAUUAUAGAGUCUGCCUUACAAUCUUAGAGCUAUUACUUGGAGCUAACAUUGCCAUAUGUGCGAUGAUGCUUAGGAAAUAGGUGUGUUUAUUUGGAGAUUUAUUAUUAUUAUUA